AUGGAUGUCAAGGAAUCGGAGAGCAAAACUCCAACCGAGACUCCUGCGCCAAUUGAGAAGAGGAAGCUGAAGGCAGAUGACUUUGUGUAUAAGCCCUUUGAAUGGUAUCGAUUAGUUGUUUAUGACUUCUUCUUAUGGUGCUUUUCAGUGAUUUUUGACUGUUUCUUUAGAGAAAUCAGACCAAGAGGUGCCUUUAGGUUGCCACGCUCGGGCCCGGUGAUUUUCGUCGGGGCUCCACAUGCCAAUCAGUUUGUAGACCCUAUCAUUUUGAUGAACCAAGUUAAGAGAGAGGCAAAUAGAAGAAUUUCCUUUUUAAUUGCCGCCAAAUCUUACAAACAGAGGGUCAUUGGCCAUUUAGCAGCGUGUGAAUUGUCCAUCCCGGUUGUGAGACCUCAAGAUUGUUUGGCAUAUGGGAAGGGGAAGAUAUAUGUUUCCUUCGAAGAAGGUGCUGAUCAAUGUAUAGUUCACGGAAGAGGAACUCAAUUCACCAAAGAAUGUAUGGUUCAUGGAAUAAUUGCUUUACCUCAGCUGUUGGGAGCUUCCGAAGUGUUGGAAAUAACUUCCGACACCCAACUUCGUAUUAGAAAGGAAUUUAAAAACAGUGAACAAGUUAGGAAGUUGCUCCAAAAUGGAACUACCUACAAGAAAGCGGAUAAAAUUGACCAAAAGAAUGUUUAUAAGUUGGUUUUUGAACACUUGUCUCAUGGAAACUGCUUAGGGAUCUUUCCAGAAGGUGGUUCUCACGACAGAACUGACUUGUUACCAUUGAAGGCUGGUGUGGCCAUUAUGGCAUUAGGAGCUAUGGAGAACGAUCCCAACUGUAACGUUAAGAUUGUACCUUGCGGUAUGAAUUACUUUAAUGCCCAUAAGUUUAGAUCUAGAGCCGUUGUUGAAUUUGGAAACCCCAUCGAAAUAAGCUCUGAAUUAGUUAAGAAAUACAAAAACCCUGAGACAAACAGAGAAGCAGUGAAAGACUUGUUAGACAUAAUUACAACAGGACUCAAGGCGGUGACUGUGACUUGUGAUGAUUACGAAACUUUAAUGGUCGUUCAGGCAGCAAGAAGAUUAUAUGCUGGAAAUUUCGCCCAAUACCUUCCUUUGCCGUUAAUUGUAGAGAUGAAUAGAAGAUUGGUCCUAGGAUAUCAAACAUAUCAAAAUGAACCAAAGGUACAAGCAAUUAAGGCCAAGAUCUUGAAAUAUAAUGAAAUGUUGAAACAAUUGUAUUUACCUGAUCAUCAUGUGGAAGACACGAAGGAACUGGACAAGAUUAGAGUGCUUCCCAUUCUCAUUUUUAGAGUUUUGAAGUUAAUGUUGUUAACCGUGUUGUCUUUACCAGGUGCGACACUCUUCUCUCCAGUUUUCUUAUUUUCUAAGAUGGUUUCCAUUCAAAAGGCUAAGACUGCGUUGGCAAACUCUACUGUGAAGAUUAAGGCCAACGAUGUAGUCGCCACUUGGAAGAUUUUGAUCAGUAUGGGAUUUGCUCCCUUGGUUUAUAGUUUUUACGCUACAAUUGGAACUUGGUACUAUUACAAGAGUGAAUCAUUAUGGCUUUCUUAUUUGAGUCGUUUAAACCUAGUGUCCCUUUGGAUUACAUUAUAUUGCUGUGGUGUGGCUGUGACAUAUGCUGCGUUAAUAACUGGUGAACAAGGGAUGGAUCUUUUCAAGUCAAUCAGACCUCUUUAUCUUUCAAUCACUUCAGGUGAGUCCUUGAAGGAACUAAAAACUUUUAGAAAGGAUUUGUCGGAAGAUAUCACCGAGUUAGUUAAUACUUUUGGACCUGAAUUAUUCCCUAACGAUUUCAAUUUAUUGGAGAUGAAGGAUCAAUUGAAGGUUAAGGAUGGUGUAGAUUACAUUGACAGUGACGAAGAAGAAGAGAGAAAGACUCAAGAUUUACGUAACCGUAGAAUGAUGAGAAGAAAGUCGGAGAAAAGAGCCGCUAAAAUUGCUAAAGAAAGAGAAGAAAAGGAAAACAAAGGUGAACGGAUUGGAGCGGACUCUGCUAGUGGUGCUUCCAUCCCCAUUGAGAAUACCACUGAAAGUGGACUUUCACUUGAAGAUAAGCACUCAUCGCACUCUUCUUCAGUUUCUGAUGGUAUUUCAUUGAUGAAUUCUGAUAAUUCUUUGACAAACAUUCCAAUGUUUUCUGAUUAUCAAUUACACAUGAAUGCCAAAAAUCCAGAUUUUGAAGUUAGUCCUAUGUCCAACGUUCAACUGACUGUUUCUAUGGCUGAUGAUUUCAACUUUAAAAUGAAUAAUAGUAGCAAUAGACUUUCCAGUGUUAGAUUAGGUGACACUCACAAUCAUCAUAUCAAUAGCCACUUAUCUUCCGGAACUGGUACUCCCACAUUAUCUAGAAAGUCUUCCAGCAGUCAAAUUGAAUUGAAUUUUGGAAAUCUUAACCGCCAAUCACCAAAGAAAGACAGAAUCAGGUUAAGUGACAAGAUUAGAAACAAAGUCAGAGAAGGUAGGAAAAAGAUGUCCAAUAAGGAUGAAUAA